UUCGCUGUUGUGUAAUUCUCCACUUUCCACUUCAAUUUUUUCAUGCGUUAAUUCAAUUUCAUUUAUCUAUGUUUUCUUUCAGGAUUUUAGACCUUACUUUACUGUAUAUUAUGAAUGAAUUCAAUUCAACAAUAUAUGGGAUUGGAAUUUCCUAAUUCUGAUUUAUUUUACGAUUUACUAUCCCUAGCUAUAGCUUCAUCAACAAGAUUUCAGAUUCAAAACGCGAUUUACAUGUGCUUUUUAUUUUGAGGUGUAAUUCACAUGAUAGAAUGAAUUUAGAACGAUUCUUCUCAACCAUUUAUUUAGUGACUCAAUGCAUUUUGUGUUUCUAGCUGAAAGCAUGAACGUUUUGAAAGAAUUUGAUGUAGAUCAUACUAUAGAUAUGAAGCAUAAAACAUGAAUAUUGAAUUAAAUCUACGGUAACCGUGUUGAGAGAUGCUUCUACCUCUCACUGAUGAGUCAUUAUGCGUGUUCUGGUUUUUCCAGAGUAUCUAACGUAAUGGGAUGGCUAGGGUAUAUACUCAUGAGUGGAGGAGAGACCUCUCAAUAGGCUGACUAGAAAGAACCAAAAGGGAGGUUUUCCAACCGUUCAUUGAAGAUGGAAGAAGUUUGCACACCUCUCAAAUCUGAUAGUAGAUUAAAGCACCGUCCUUUGACUCCUCUUAGGCUUUUAAGGGGUGUGAUAUGUUUGGUUGUGUUUCUUUCUACAGCUUUCAUUUGUAUAGUAUAUCUUUCGCCUCUGGCAGUUGUAGGAUUGCGACUGAUCAGCAUUCGUUAUAGUAGGAAAGCAGUAUCGUUCUUCUUUGGUCUUUGGCUAUCUAUGUGGCCCUUUCUAUUUGAAAAGAUAAACAGAACUAAAGUUGUCUUUUCUGGGGAUAGUAUUCCGAUGAGGGAACGUGUGUUACUUAUUGCCAAUCACAGAACUGAGGUUGAUUGGAUGUACUUGUGGGAUCUUGCUCUUAGAAAGGGAAGACUAGGAUCUAUAAAAUACAUCCUUAAGAGCAGCUUAAUGAAACUACCGAUUUUUGGUUGGGGAUUUCACCUUCUGGAAUUCAUUGCAGUGGAGAGGAAGUGGGAGAUAGAUGAGCAAAUAUUGCAAAAAAAUCUUUCAACAUUUCAGGAUCCGAAAGAUCCUUUGUGGCUAUCUCUUUUUCCUGAAGGAACCGAUUAUACUGAACAGAAGUGUAAAAGUAGUAAAAAAUUUGCUGCUGAAGCUGGGCUUCCUGUGCUGUCAAAUGUAUUACUUCCAAAAACGAAGGGAUUUCACACUUGCUUGGAAACUCUACGAGACUCAUUGGAUGCAGUAUAUGACGUGACAAUUGCAUACAAGAAUCAAUGUCCUUCAUUUCUGGACAAUGUUUUUGGUCUCGAUCCUUCAGAAGUGCACCUGCAUAUUCGGCGUAUUCCUAUAGAGGAGAUUCCAAUUUCUGAAACUAAAGCUGCUUCUUGGUUAAUGGAUGCAUUCCAAAUCAAGGACCAAUUGCUUUCUGAUUUCAAUGUUCAAGGCCAUUUCCCUAACCAACUAAAUGAAGAGAAAAUCUCAACCUUCAAGUGCCUACUCACUUUGAUCGUGAUAAUUUCGUUUACUGCCUUGUUUACUUAUUUUACCUUGUUUUCUCACAUCGGGUUCAAGUUGUAUGUAGGUCUAUCUUGUGCAUAUCUUUCUAUUGCAACACGCUUCAAAAUUCAAUUGAAGCCUUUAGCAAAUUAUGUCCAUGCAUUCUAUAACAGCAAGAAACAAAAGAAUGCAUAGAAUAGGGUUUUUUCAAUUUUAAAGGUCAAAUGUGCAAUUUUGGUCUUGAAUUUGAUAUUGAUAUGUACAUUAUUUGUUUAAUUUGAUUCUUUUAGUAGCGUUGUUCAGACAGUACAGAAAAUUAAAUGUACAAUAUUACCAACUGGGAUUUAUGUUGGAAAUUGGUAUUUGAUAGAAUUAUUUCCCAAAGCCA